AUGGUCGAGCCUCGCUGCUUGCGGUUGUGCUUGUGCCUGUGCUUGUGCCUGUAUCUGCUGGCCGGCCUCACGAUGUCGGCGAUGCAGGCGGCCGUCCUGGAAACGUGCAGCUGGGCUUCCGCGAGCCGUGCCAAUGCGAUGCAGAUGCAAUGUGAGAUCCGGUCCGAGUCAAAGGAAAUCACUUGGCCCAGACACAAGAUGGCGCAAUCACCGGCGUGGCGUCCUGGACAGGAUCAAUCUACAGGCGUCGUUCCAAGCGGAAGAUGCAGGAGGAAUUAUGGAGGAAUCUGGUCUAAGGAGAGGAUAUGGAACACUGUGAACGGUAAUGGCGAUGGCGCCGGGAGAAGCGGCUGGAACAAGAUGCAAAAAGCAGACCUGAUGCAGAUGGAGUUGGAGAGAGGCGAAAAAAAGGCCCUUUACCAACCAAUGCAACGAACACUGAACAGGCACAGUGGCUGCCCUCGUGUGCGAGUGUGCGACCUGGGGAUUACCUGGUCUGGUCUGGCUUACACGAACCGACCGAGCCUGCUCAACCUCAUGCCACAGAGCACCUGCAUCAUGGAGGCGUCUGUGGCCUCCGGUGAACUGGGAUCCAAUGGAACUGUGUUGGAGGGCUCAGCGCCUCGACGGCCGGGAGUGGAGGGAACUCCAGGUGGGUUACAGGGGGCCCGCCGGUGGGGCAGCGCAGAGCCGGAGAGUCCAAGCGCUGAGUCCAUGCAUCCACAGGCCCGCGAGAGCCCUGGAGCCGCCAAAAAGGCGCAGAAGAAGGUCCCAGCCAUCGUGAGAGAGACGGGAGCCUUGGGCUGGAGCUCCCAAAGCUGA